GUUGCGCCGGAAAAAAAACAUUCAUAUUCCAAACACCGAUAAUUACGCAUUCUAAAUUAAUGUGCAGCAAGCUUUUACCUUUGAAUUUUGUCGGCAACGAUGAUUUUUGAUCGAUCUUCAUAUAGGUAAGAAAACAUUUCUGACAGAAAAUGUAUCUGAAUUUAAAAAGAGGGACUAAUUGAUUUUUAAAACGUCUUUGUUGAUUUUUUUAAAAAAGUUACUACUGUGAAUCGGGUUCUUAAAGAGAAAUGUUUGUAUUACUAAUAUUAACAUCAUUACUUGUUCCGACAAGCUCAAAUUCAAUCAAAGGAUUAAAUUUAACCAUCUCUAUCAAUUACGGAGAACCUUUUCUAUUCGAAAUCAGUAGCUUAGAGAAUCAAACUCAAAAAAUUGGGUACAUUCAAGACUUAAUCAACGAGUUGCAACUUCGUAUGGGUUUUGAAUACAAUUACGUAUUAGUCCCAGAUGGAAAUUACGGAGCUCCGAUUGGAAAUGACACCUGGAAUGGAUUGAUUGGAGAAGUUUAUCAUGGACGGGUUGACAUGGCGGCUGCCGACAUCACGAUUAACGCGAUUCGAUCCGAAGUUGUCGAUUUCACCGUUCCUUUUAUGCAAAUCGACUACGCGAUGAUUUUCAAAAAACAGACAGUGAAAUUUGACAUAGCGGCUUAUUUGAUGCCAUUUUCAAGAGAAGUUUGGCUCACAGUUUUGGGAAGCCUUUUUUUAGUUUCUUUCACACUUUACAUUUUUGGGUUAUUAGGAAAAACGUCGAAUAACCAACUUGAAAAUAUUGGUUCUUGCUUUUAUUUUUCAUUUGCGUGUUUUUUGGCACAAGGGCCCGAAACAUAUCCGAAAUCGUUUCCGGCUAGAAUUGCGACUGUAUCAUGGUGGUUUUUAUCGUUGGCGGUUCUCACAAUUUACACGUCCAGCCUAACGUCAAUGCUUACCGUGAAUCGGGUAACACUACCGCUCAAAAAAAUUGAAGAUUUGCUUGAUUAUCCAGACUUUCAUUAUGCAAUAGUGCCCGGGCAAGCUGGCGAAUUGACUUUCAAGAAUUCGACUUAUGAACCGUUUCAGAGGAUGUACGAGAAUAUGAAAAGUCGGAAUACAGGAUUUUAUGAAAGCCCGGAGGGAUUUAACAGGGUAAGAACGCGGAACGACUUCGUUUUUAUUCUGGAGUCUCCUUAUCUUGAGUAUGAACUAACUUUUGCACCUUGUGACCUUGAGGUCAUAACCAGUACAGCCAGCCCCAAAACUGGAGUGGGAUUUGGAUUCGCUUUUCCAAAAGGAUCAUCAUUGACUGAACUAUUUUCGACUAAUAUUUUGGAACUAAUUGAAGACGGCACUAUUGCUACAAUUCACAGAAGAUGGUUCGCAAUAAGAUCCCAGUGCUCGGAUAAGAAGAAACUCGCUGCGAAUGUCGAGGCCAUUGUCUUCAAGGAUAUACAAGGAGUGUUUUUUAUAUUUGGAAGUGGCAUCGGCGUUGCUUUUAUCAUUUUUUUCGUCGCAAGUGUGUUCAAAGUGGCUAAGACCAAAUAUAACAUGUGGAACAGUGAAACUGAAUAA